GAAGAAGGAAGGAGAGACUUGGAGGAGGAAAUAAGGGGCGACGAUGUUUAUUCGGACGAGGGUGGACUGGAGAUUGUCGUUGCUGUUCCUCGCGACAAUGGGACGGAUCCAGGCGAGCGAGAAGGGGGAAGUUCGAGGGAAGAGGCAGGCCUUGUAUCCACCGCCCCUCGUUUAUCCUCUCGGUGGUGUUUUGAAGCUCGUUGUAGGGUUCGCGAUGCCGGUGCAGGUCUCGGGCCAGAUUUUGUCAUACGGCCAAAACAUUCAGUUUCAAUACAUGUUGCCAAACAACGCCACCUUCUUCACCAACUACUUCCAAGACGCGUCACGAAGACGACGUAGAGCGAGUUGGAGCGAGAGGGUCCCUGUAUACGACAUUCUUCAACGUGAACUUGACAUGCGUAACGUGGAUGGAAAAGCUUGCUUGAAGAAAAAUAUCUGCGAAGCGGCAUCGACAUCGUUGAAGGACGAGGGAUUGGUCGGCGAAUUGUUGCACUUGUUGUUAACACCGGACGAGGGAGACGCUUUCACGAUGGACUACGAAUAUUUAGAAGCGGCCACGUUCGGAAGAAGGGGAAAUAAUUGCUCGAUGAUUUAUUCCACGUGUCCUCCUGGCCAAGGAAUUCUAGACCGAAUAUCCACGAUUUAUUGAGUAUCGUGACAAUAAGAUGUUACCGUUGUACAUUAUACACACAAUAUCCAUCAUUAUUCGUUCGAGCGCA